CCACAAACUCUUAGCUCUUAGAUCGUCUAUUGUCGUGACCGUGCUCGAGUACCAGCAGCAGCUUGGAAUCUAGAGAAAUAUAAACAGUGAGGUGAACAGUUAAGUACUGAGUGCGUGCAGUGUUGUGCUGACUUUCUAGACAAAUACUCACGAUGGCGACGAAUAAAAAGAUGAAAAAGUUGGAAGACCCCGGGUCAGGCGACGGGAACGAGUCUCACUACGAUCUCGAGAUCCAGAAAACUCUUGAAGAAAUAGACGGUUGCCAAAAUCAAAUCGAUGGGCUCAACGAAAAAGCCAGCGACGAAAUCCUCGAGGUUGAGAAAAAGUACAACAAGCUACGUAAACCAUAUUUCCAAAAGCGCAACGACAUCAUCAAGAGGAUACCCAAUUUUUGGGUCAUCGCUUUUGUCAACAAUAAAAAAAUUGCUGAAAUUCUUGAAGAGGAAGAAGAAGACGCAUUGAGAUAUUUGAACAAGCUAGAAGUUGAAGAAUUUGAAGACAUUAAAUCGGGAUAUAGGAUUAACUUUUAUUUUGACGAGAAUCCCUAUUUUGAAAAUGAUGUAUUAACUAAGGAAUUCCAUUUAGGGUCUACAGGAGAUCCAGCUUCGCAGAGUACUGUUAUACGCUGGAAGGAAGGAGCUGACUUGACGAAAAAGUCUAAGAACAAGAAUCAAUCCAAAGGACGUAAGAGGACACUGAGCCAUCGGUCCUUCUUUGACUGGUUCACGGAUCAUGGUGAUCCUAGUUCUGAUGAGAUUGCAGAGUUAAUUAAAGAUGAUAUGUGGCCAAACCCGUUACAGUACUACUUAGCGCCAGAUAUGGACGUAGAAAACGGAAUUGAAGACGAAGGAGAAGAAAUGGACAGCGACGAGGCAGAAGAUGAUGAAGAAGCUGGAGAAGAAGGCGAUGAAGGUGCUGAUGGUGAUGAAGGAGAUGACAAUAUUGUUGUGGUUGAAGACGAUGCUGAGGAGGAAGAAGAUGAGGAAGAGGCAGUAAAUGACGAAGAAGAUGCGGCGAACGAUGAAGAUUUACUUGUAGAUGAUGAAGCUGAUCGUGAAGAUGGUGAAGGCGAAGAGCCAGAAUAAACAUGACGCGAGGCAACAAUUGUUACAAGUUGCUCGAGAUAUUAAAAAUAAAUCAUUUAAUUUAGAACCAACGAGUACAUUUAAAGUAAAACAAUUAAAAUUAAACUAAGAAUUAAGUAUCCAGGGAUUUUUUCACGUGACUAACUCCUGUUUGGCGCUCAAACACAAUUAUUGAUAAUAAUAACGAGCCAUAGUAUAUGUUGAAAAUAAUUUUCAGCGCGAGACAGGUGUUACGAGUCAGUGCUUUUUUACCUCAUCGAAAAAAUAAUUAUUUUCUUUUUAGUUAAUAACGAGAUAAAUUAAUUUCAGUGACUCGUUAUUUUUAUUUUAACAUUUUAUAUAUAGUUUGAUAAAUUUUUCAUGAGGAUAUUUUUUGCAUUAUUUUCCCACGUGGGACCCUGACAAAUAGAAUUUCCACAUAUUCUUAUAAAAAAAAAAAUAAAUUUGUAUAUAUAUUUGAAAAUAGUAAGACCGAUAGUUGAUAAUUAAUGAAAUAAUUUUUUCAUCGGUCACUACAUUAUUAUUAUGACUCAUCUUUUUCUGUGUAUCUUCCAUUGUAAUCAUGAAAAUUUUAAUUAUAUUUUAAAUACAAAUUAAUUUUAAUCAUGAUAAGUUUAAUACUUAAGAUAAUACUUAUGUAUUUCUGGAUUAUUUUAAAUGAAAUUGGCCUCAAGUUAAUUAAGACGUCAACGUUAAUCCUAUUAUUAUACACUAAAUAGUUUUAAGAUAAAUUUUCGGCCAAAAUUCCGGAGAUCAAUAAAUUUUUUAUUAUUACUGAUGAUUAACGUCGCACAAAUGAUUUUUUAAAUAAAAAAAUACCAUUUAAAAUUGACGUCUAUGUAAAAAUCUGACAGGAAUAAAAUCAAUUUGCAAUUAA